AGUACCACUGAGGAAGGUUUGGUUAACGCCGAAAGCUUUGGGAAAAGGUAGCGUUUCUUUUAAACCAGCAUCCACCCCCGGAAGGAGAAUAAUACUCCUACAAAAAAAUCGUUUUAGCGCCCUUUUCGUGGAUAAUUCUUACCGCCAUAUUGAAAGAUCACUCUAAAAAAAUGUUAUGUUCUUCCUGCUCUUUUAAUUAAGCUAGAAGGGCUAGAACAUUAUAGAAUUUGCCGAAAUUGGAAUACGUUUUACAUCGGAGUAAACAAGAGAAUCUCAUCUGCUGCAUACUAAAGUACAUUGAGCUCUGCUGAAAACAUAACCUUACUUUUCCUGACCAAGGAAACACCGAAAUAGUUUGUUCUCUUGAAAAUUUUCAAUUUUCUUCUGUUCUUUGUGGGUUCAAUUACUUCCGAUUAGGAAAGAAAGAAAGAGAAAAACGGAAGGAGACAAGAAGGGAAUAAUGGCAGGGAAUAUGUUCAGAGGAAUGGACAGAUUUGAGCUUCACCGAGCCUUGAUGGCUCAUAUUGAGGAACAGAAGAAAGCUGCAAGGAGAGGAAAGACCGACAUUGAUGUAAUCCGGGAGAAUCAUCAGUUCCUGUGGGAUGACACGGAGACAAAUCUCUCGUGGGAGCGUCAGCUGGCCAAGAGCUACUACAGCAAACUCUUCCGGGAGUACUGUAUAUGUGAUUUGACGCAGUACAAGAAGAACCAAGUUGGACUUCGAUGGCGAACUGAGAAUGAAAUUGUUCUUGGUCGUGGGCAAUUUAUCUGUGGCAAUAAGCAUUGUGGGGAAAAGGAUGGGCUUACUAGUUGGGAAGUAAAUUUUAACUACACUGAACAUGGACAGAGAAAGUCUGCUCUCGUGAAAGUCCGGCUGUGUGUGGAAUGUUCCCGGAAAUUGAAUUACCACACGAAGAAGAGACUUGCGAAGAGGAAAUCUCGUGGAAAACUCGAAGGAGUGUCAAAGAAGAGACCAUCUGGAGAUGUGGGUACAAAUUCCAAAGCCUCGGACGGUCAAAUGCUUCCGGAAAAUGCAGAGAGUGAAGUUACUGCUGAGGAAGAGGUAAAGGAAGACGCUGAUGUGCAGGAGAAUGUUUGGACUGCUAAAGACGUCCCCGUGGAGGACAAGAGCCGUGAAGAGGAGUUUAAUGAAUUCCUGGAGGAUCUUUUGCUGUAGUGUCAUCACUGAGGUGUAUAAGAACUCGUAUCGAGUCCCAGACUAUUCAUUUGCAUGUCAAUCCAGUUGCGGAAGAGUGCUACGUGCGUGUAAACAGCCGGAUGAUCUUCUUUGCAUCCAAUACCCCAGGAAACAAUGCCUGUUUGGACGUAUCUGUUGCUUGUGGAGGCCCCAAUGGGACACACAAGGGGUGCUCCACCAUCACCGGUACACGUAUCGAUGCCAGGAAUCCCACCGGCGCAGACAAAUGUGGAAUCCAAACGGAAUGAGGGACCUAAGCGAGUUUUCUGUAGAGCUGUCUCACACUGCCUGAAUGGUACCAUUGGGAGUUGAACACGCUUCAUUAUCACACUGUACUUUCCCGCCUUUCCAAAUACAUCUUUACCUGUGGAAUUUAAAGAAAGUAGGAGGAAUUUGUGAAAGUGCUCAAUAUGGGGGCUGGAGUGAAUGAAAAGCUAAUGAAGAUACAUAUCCUGUUGGACAAAACCUCUUCCCUCGCGUAAGUUUUUAAGAAAAGACUUAACUACAUGAAUUACAUAAGUAAUAAUUGCAUAAAAAUGGAGUUUCUGAACGAAAGAGGAAGUUCAAAUUGAUCUCUAUAAUAAUAUACUGUCUAUUGGGGCGAAAUUGUCCAAAGAGAUUUCCUAAAGACUUUUAAACGCUUUUAAAGAAAUUUUGUUUAAGAAAUUGAAGGGAAUUUUCUUCAAGAAAUUGAAGAGAAUUUUCUUUUAAAAUUGAAGAGAAUUUUCUUCAAGAAUUUAAAGAGAAUUUCCUUUAAGAAAUUGAAGGGAAUUUUCUUUAAGAAAUAGAAAAGUCUUCUUUAACAAAUUUUAGAGAAUUUUCUUCAAGAAAUUCAAGAUAAUCUCCUGAAAUUGAAGAGAAUAUUUUCCUAAAAUUUGAAGAAAAACUUCCAGAGAGUUGAAGAAAAUCUUCUUAAAGAAAUUCAAGAGAAUUUUUCUCAUUAAAAAUAAAAAAAAUUCAGUCCAAUUGAUGCCUUACCCCAUCCACUGGCAAAGCAGGAAUCACUUGUUGAUUGGAAGUUCUGCUGUGGCAAGCAGAUGGGAUUAAUGUGAUCCAUCAGUGUGAAUGGCGUUGUGAGUACCAGAAGGGCAAUAUUGUUAGCCAGUGUCCUCACAUUGUAGCUGGGAUGGGUAAUUGCUUGCAUAACAUUGCGCUCCUGAUACGGUAGACGUUCCUUCGUGGUUUGCGUAUCCCAUUCUCCAGCUCUAACCUUGAUAUCAUUGGCUGGAAUUUGGCGUACGCAGUGAUUUCCUGUGAGAACGACUCUCGGAUGAAUCAGCGAUCCACCGCACAAGCAAGAAUCAUCCCGGAUGCGAAUUAGAGCAACUGUCCAUGGGAAUUCCCCAAAACCUGCUUCAUUCUGCAACGAAAGAAUCAUUUAUUAAUGUAGAAAAGAUUUUUUGUGAAAAUAAUAUGUCUGAGAAGCAA